AUGCUGGUGAGGAGGAGGGACAGCUCCGGCGGCGAUGGGUUCGGCAUGCAGAGGCACUGCUCGAAGGCCGCCAUGUCGCCGGCGGCGAGCUUCUCUGUGAAGUUCCAGGACCUGUACGGGUUCGCCGUGGAGGGGAGCCUCGAGGACGUCAAUGUGCUGAACGAGGUUAGAGAGCGGGUGAAGCGGCAGGGGAAGGUCUGGUGGGCAAUGGAGGCCAGCAAAGGACCCAAUUGGAUCUCUUCCCUCUCUGCCGGCGGUGGUGAGGGCCUCUCCUCCCUUCGUUUCUCUCUCCUCGGCGGCGCUGCUGCCGGCGACGGCGACGUGAGGAAGAAGCUCGUGAGGAAGGGCGUCCCGCCGGCGCUGCGGCCGAAGGUCUGGUUCUCCGUCUCUGGCGCGGCGAAGAAGCGCUCCACCGUCCCCGACAGCUACUACGACGACCUGCUCAGAGCCAUCGACGAGAAGGUCACCGCCGCCACCCUACAGAUCGACCAAGUAAGUCCUCUCUCCCUCCUCCUCCUCCUCCUCCUCUGGUUGCAUGCAUCAAACCUUAGAAGGUAAUGAUGAAAAUAGUCUGUAGCUGUUCGAGGAAGAUUUCGGAGAAUUUUAAGGGCAGUUUUCUUCUCUGGGUAUCGUGGGUUUUCAAUCCUUAUUUUUUCGUAGGAAUUCUCCAAGAAAAUAAAAUAAUCUGUCGCUGCAGGGAAGAAGAUUUAAGAAUUAUUUGAGAGUAACAUUCUCUGGGCAUCGUGGGUUUCUAAUUCUGCAUUCUGAGAAACCUCUCUGAGCAUCAACACCUAGAAGACGACGACAACGACGACGACAACGACGAUGACGACGACGACGUCGACGAAGAAGAAGAUGAUGAUGAAAGUAAUCUGCUGCUGCUCGAAGAAGAUUUAAGAAUAAUUUAAGAGUAAUUUUCUCUGGGCAUCGUGGAUUUUUUAUCCUUUCGAGUACACUUCUUUUCGUGGGGAUUCUCCAAGUUUCUGGGAAAGCCUCUCUAAAUCAGGAUCAAAGUUCACGACCAUCGUUGAUUUUCAUCUGAAAUAUGUCGUCCUUUCUUCGCUGAAUUUUGACCGACCCUCGUAGGCCAUCAUCAUCUUCAUGUUCUUCCUGCGUCAUCUGAAACAUUUCCAUAAUUGGCGAAGAGAUAAAAAUAACCUGCUUUCGCAGGAUCUACCGAGGACCUUUCCGGGCCAUCCAUGGCUCGACACUCCACAAGGCCAAGCCUCUCUGAGACGCGUGCUCGUCGCGUAUUCCUUCCGCGAUUCGGAUGUCGGGUAUUGCCAGGUGGGGGAGAUCAUCUCCACCUCUCUCUCUCUCUCUCUCUCUCUCUCUCUCUCUCUAUCUUCCUUAUUUAGUGCACAAAAAUGGAAAAGAUAACCAGAUCCUAAAUUAACUCAGGGCCUAAACUAUGUGGCCGCCCUGUUACUGCUGGUGAUGACGGCGGAGGAGGAUGCCUUCUGGAUGCUCGCCGUUCUCUUGGAGGACGUCUUGGUGAACGAUUGUUACACCGACAACCUCUCGGGUUGCCACGUGGAGCAGCGAGUGUUCAAGGGUCUCCUCACCGAGAAAUCCCCAAGGUUUUUUUCUCUUUUUUUUUCUAUUUUUGCUCCUCGAAAGAAACCGAUAUAUUAAAAAUUCUUAAUCAGUUUCAGUUCAUGAGUUUUCUUCCGAAUUCAGCCAUAUUUUUUAGUAAAAACCCUAUAAAUAAAUAAAUAAAUAAAUAAAUAACCUGCAGGAUCGCCGCUCAUUUAGAUGAAAUGGGAUUCGACGUCUCCUUGGUGGCCACCGAGUGGUUCCUGUGUCUCUUCUCUAAGAGCUUGCCGUCAGAGGUCGUCCUGAGGGAACUUUAUUUUCUUUUUUAUUUCUUAUUUUCUCUCUCUCUAAAUAAGAACCCAUUAAUGCAAUAUUUAUGCACCUUAUCGGAAUUUUUAUUAUUAUUAUUUUAAAGACAACUAUGCGCGUGUGGGAUGUCCUCUUCAACGAAGGGGCAAAGGUUCUGUUCCACGUGGCCUUGGCCAUCUUUAAGGUGCACGGAUAAUUAUUUCCUCUUCUUAUCCUAGUCCAUCACUUAUCUAGACCCAUAAUAAUAUAUAUUAGCUAUGUUCUUUCAAUUUUUUAUUUUUUAUUUUCCCAGAUGGAGGAGGAGAGGUUGUUGGGCGCCCACCAGAUUGGGGAUGUGAUUGACAUCUUGCAGACGUCUACCCGCCACCUUUAUGAUCCCGAUGAACUGCUGACGGUAUUAUUUUAAAUAUAUGAUUUUUUAUUGUUUAUUCUUAUAUAAAAUAUUUAACACAAAUCCCCCGACUGGAUAUAUGCUCUCGAUCUUGCAUGUAUUCCGUCCAGGUGGCGUUUGAUAAGAUCGGGUCGAUGACGACGAACGCCAUCACCAGACAGCGGAGGAAGCAGGAGCCGGCGGUGAUGGCCGAGCUCGAUCAGAGGCUGAGAAGGCUCAAUUCUCUGAGGCUGGAAGAGAAGGAAGAAGCUUUGCUAGAGAGGGAAGAACCCUAA